AUGCCUAUUCUAAUAUUCCCUGAGGGGACAUGUAUUAACAACACUUCCGUUAUGUUAUUCAAAAAAGGGUCUUUUGAAGUGUCUUCUGUGGUUCAUCCUAUAGCUUUGAAAUAUGACAGCCGUUUAGGGGAUCCUUUUUGGAAUAGUCACCGUCAAGGCUAUUUGUCCUAUUUACUUGGCAUGAUGACUUCUUGGGCCCUAAUUUGUGAUGUUUGGUAUUUACCUCCAAUGCAUCGUUUGGAAGGAGAAACAUCCAUAUCCUUCGCUAGAAGAUGUCAAAGAACAAUAGCCCAAAAAGGGGGUUUAGUAGAUUUGGGUUGGGAUGGAAAUUUAAAAAGAACAAAAGUCCCGGAACGUUUGAGGGAUGAACAAAAAGAAUUAUUUUAUCAAUAUUUGGUACAAACAACCCCUAUAUGUGAAUGUGGAAGGGCUAGUAAUGAACAAAUUGAAAGUAUCCAAAGGGGGGUAAGUCUGUGUGGAUUUCUUUUUUGUGGUUGA